ACGGUCGCGCAUGUGCAAACAACGAUUACUUUGGAGAUCACGUGAAAUUAAAGAUGGCCGCGAAUCGAUGAUAGUCGCAAACUGCGGGGAGUUGACGAUAUGUGAAGUAUGAAGUUCGAAGUCACCACCGGUCUUUCGUAACUUAUAGCUUGUUGUGGUAAGGGACCAGGCUAUGCCUCGCCUAUGGACGCCAUGAAGAACGGCCCGAGAGAAGAGAUAGUCUACAUACCGUGCAUUAUUCCUCCCCAGACCGAAAAUCCAAGACCAGAUUAUCUUGCUACAGUUAACGUUGAUCCUAAAUCUGAAAAUUAUUCAAAGAUAAUACACAGAAUGCCCUUAAAAUAUAACCAGGACGAGGUACACCACACCGGGUGGAAUGCUUGUUCCAGCUGUCACGAUGACGCAUCUAAGUCUCGUAACCGACUGAUUAUGCCGUGUUUGGGAAGCAGUAGGGUCUAUAUUGUUGACGUCGGAACGGACAAGUAUGCGCCAAAAAUACACCAUGUGGUAGAACCCAGUGAAAUGCGCGACAAAGCUGGUUUGACGGUCCCUCAUUCAACACAUUGUUUGGCUAGCGGAGAAAUUAUGAUCAGUUGUAUGGGUGAUUCUGACGGCAACAAUAAAGGUGGGUUUGUCGUCCUUGAUGGAGAAACAUUUGAGAUGAAAGGAAAAUGGGAAAGGGGAGAAGAAGCUGAGUUUGGAUAUGAUUACUGGUACCAGCCGUAUUUCAACAUCAUGGUUAGCACUGGUUGGGCUGCUCCAAAGACGUUCAAACAAGGGUUCAAUCCAGCGGAUGUUGAGAAAGGUUUAUAUGGCAAUUCAUUGUAUUUCUGGGACUGGAAGAACCGACAAUUAAAACAGACGCUUCCACUUGGUUCUGAUGGUUUGAUCCCAUUGGAAAUUCGAUUCAUGCAUGACCCCGAGAAAGCAAUUGGAUUUGUAGGAUGCGCUCUCAGUUCAACUAUCAAAAUGUUCUCCCAAAAGGAGGUAAGUUAUCACAGUUUUGUCCAAAGUUCAGGUUCUAAGGUUAUAAAACAAAGUAUGGAGGUCUUUCUCUCAGAGAAAAUUUGACCUUGACCAAUGCCA